ACCAUGGCAGUAUCUUUUGGCCCUUUAUCUGAUCCGAGGGCAGAACUUACACUGACGGAAAUCAACCAGGAGCUUCAGUUGCAGCUGGCAAAGAACAAGCAGGACUUCCGAGACCUCACAGAGAAAUUCCUUGUAUCCCAAGCAACUGCCUACUCCCUGGCCAACCAGCUGCAGAAAUACAGCUGGCCACCAGAUAUGGGCCACAAUGCUGCUUCGAUGAUUCGAAGUCAGGCGCGAGAGCUGACCCAGUUACGGCAGACAUUACGGGAAGGGAAAGAUGACUCUGUUCUACUCAAGCAGCACCUCAAGGACCUCCUCACCCACAAUGACCUUGACAACCACCAGGGGCAGGGCUUCCGAGAGCAGCUGACUGAGGGACAUAGGCUGGCAGAGCGCCUUGCCCGCAAGCUCAGCCCAGAAACUGAUGAAGAUGAGGAAGAUGAACCAGCAGAAGAAACACUCACGCCCAGGUACCAAUGA